AUGGGUUGGUCCUGAUGCUCUGCACAACUCAGCAACUUCACUUCCAGCGGACUCAGAGUGUCAUCCUCCGCCCUCCAGCAGGCCCGUGCAACUGCAGCCAGCAUGUCAAACUCAGACAGAGUUGUGUUAGCUCUAGGAGGAGCGGGGACAGUGGGCUCUGGGAUAGUUAAAGCACUGCUGGACAAAGGUUUCAAAGUCGCAGUGAUCUCCAGGGACAGCAGCCGGCUGGAGAGACUCCAAUCAUUUGUCUCUCCCAACACAAAGGAAAACCUUACCACUAUAGUGGGGAAUGUGGGGUCAGAGGAGGGAGCAGAGAAGGCAAAGCAGGCCCUGCUGAAGGCGGUGGGUAAGGUGACAGACGUUGUCUCCUCUUUGGGCUUCAGUUGGUGGCAGGGAGGACCACCACACACCCAGUCUCUCAAAGACCUACACUGGGUAAUUGAGACAUUACUUUUCAGCACAUUUGUGUCAUGGAAGGCCUUCUUCCCCUUGGUGAGGGACGACUCCAACUGUACCUACACCUUCAUAACAGGUGGAGCAGGUGAGAAGUUGCUGAUGCCUGGUACGGGCUUCCUGACAAUAGGAGCUGCUAGCACCCUGGCCUUCUGUCAGGUACUGCGAGGGGAGUACCCUGAGGUUCCCUGCAAACUCAACCAGGUGAAGAUUGACACAGGUGUAGCCACUCCAGAGCGCAUGGCACCUGGUUACCUGAACCACUUGGACCUGGGCGAGGCUGUCGCCACCCUUGUGGAACGACGAAAAACUUCCCACACUGUCUUCACCAUCAACUGCCCCGCAGACUUAAAAACUGUCCUUCUGGAGAGGAACCUUUAGACCUGGAAACCCUUCCUCCAGCCCUGCCUUGUUGUCACAGGGACAUAUCUACACUUCUUCUGUUCCUAAUGUUAAUGAACUCUCCAGAAACACAGUGUCUUUGGUUCGUCGGUUUUCUUCUCCCAUAACUCCGAACCCCAUCCAUGCACAACUGUAUGUGAAUUGUCUGUUGAUUCCACUAACACUGUAUAUUCUGCUGCCUGUUCUCAGAUUGAUAGCAACUGGCUUCUCUGCAUGUGCUGUUGUGUGAUAUAUGGGGGAAAAAAACGCACAGGGUUUGAAAUACUCGCUCACUUCUCAUUGCUGCCUGCUUCUGUACAAACGUUAUCGCACACACAGUUCUGUUCUGUCUUACAUCGUGGGAAGGCAUAAUACCCAAAAUAACCUCUGCGAUUUCAACAAUUUAACAACUGGUCAAAAAGAGUAGGGUGGUUGGUUGUAGAUUAUCUGAUCGUAUGUAUCUAUAAAUCUGGAAUUAAAGGUACCCUGUGGAGCAAUGGAGUAGUGUCUUGAUAAGCGAAUCCCCAUUUUGGUCUUUAUUAGCACUAUGGAGGCACAUGCGAGCAUUGUGCUGUUCCACCGAUUGACAGUUAGUAGCCAAAAAACUUACCAAUGUGUGAGCAAAAUGCAAAGAGGAAGCUAGCAUAAUAUGCUGUAUAUAAAUUAUGUAGGUUUUUAAGACUUUGACAAAAAUCGACGUGAAGUGUUUAAUGUCGUUGAAAGCACUGAAUGUAAGUUUAACUGUGUUUACAAGGCAACUCCAUAGGGUAUCUUUAACAUCUUGAUAUAAAGUACACAUGGUUGAAGAGUGGGGGCUAUAUAGCUCUUACACUAUGACCAAUGACCUGAAAUGUUAAGGACUUAGAGAUACUGGAGAUGAUUAGAUGUUAGAUGAUUUAAGCACUUUGUAUGAUGCACACGUACCCCUUACAGAUGGAAACCAUGGCUUUGAAUAGUAAGACUCAUUGGUAUGGCAUGAAGAACAAACCGCCUGAACCUGACUGAUUAUGGAUGCACAGCAUGGCUUGGCCCAUUUUAACCUCUUUGUAGAGCUUUGAUUAGGUAAAAAUGGAAGCUUCAAUAUCCAAUGUUUUGCAUUCAAAUGCCAAUAAAGGACAUAUGUUCUACAUUA